CCGUACAAAUCCCCACUUCCAGAAUCCAGAAACAUCUAGCCCGCGCAAAUAAUUUUCCCCCUUCUAAAGCUCACUUUCAUCUUUCUUUCUCCUCCUCAGUUCUCACAUACAUACAGUAUUACGCCAUGGCUAGGGUUCCAAACAAGCAUAACCGCGAUCAAAAUUUGGAUUUUCAGGGAAUGUUAAGUGAUUUACAAGGUUGGGAACUUUCUCUUAAAGAGAAAGAUAAGAAAUUGAAAGCGCAAUCUCAUUCUCCUGGAGAUAAUGGAAAAAGGGUUUCAAUGACCAGUGCAAAUCAGUUUGGUUACUCGAGGAAUUCUGAUCCCAUUACUCGUAUAUCUAGUAGUCUAUUACAUGAUGAAGAAUCUCCUGAUGCUAAUUCAGAGAAGGAAUUGGGGAAUGAGUAUUUUAAGCAGAAAAAGUUUAACGAAGCUAUUGAUUGUUAUUCAAGAAGCAUUGCUUUAUCACCCUCCGCCGUAGCUUAUGCAAAUAGAGCCAUGGCUUACCUCAAAAUCAAAAGAUUUGAAGAAGCUGAAAAUGACUGCACCGAGGCCUUAAAUUUAGAUGACCGCUACAUAAAAGCAUAUUCAAGGCGUGCAACAGCUAGGAAAGAACUUGGAAAACUUAAGGAAUCUAUUGAAGAUUCUGAGUUUGCACUGAGGCUGGAGCCUGACAACCAAGAAGUCAAGAAGCAGCAUGCUGAUGUGAAAGAUCUUUAUAAGAAGGAGGUUCUUAAGAAGGCUUCAGCAGCAGCCGCUAGAGACUCCACGCAAGAAGCAAAAAGGGUAGGAGUUACUGAAAUUCAAACAGGUCAUACCAAGGUUGGUGGAAAGCCUUCAGACGCUGGAAGUGGAAGUAAGACUGCGAGAAUAUCUGUGGCAUCUGGAAACAUAAGCAGCAAGCCACAAUCAUAUGGACCUUUAGAAGGUGGCAAAACCCUGAAGGUAAACCCCCAGGGAGUUCAAAGUCUUGAUAAAAAGCGAGAACAGAAGACAGCAGUCCAAGAACUUGCUUCACGAGCAGCAUCUCGAGUUGCUGCUGAAGCGGCAAAAAAUCUUUCACCACCGAAGACAGCUUACCAGUUUGAGGUUUCUUGGAAAGGUCUGUCUGGUGACCCUGCACUCCAGGCUACAUUCCUGAAGGCUAUAUCUCCAACUACGUUACCACAGCUAUUCAAGAAUGCCUUGUCUGCUCCCAUACUCAUCGACAUUAUCAAGUGUGUGGCCACCUUAUUCAUGGAGGAGACUGAACUGGCUGUGAAAUUUUUGGAUAAUUUAACCAAGGUCUCAAGAUUUGACAUGAUCAUCAUGUGUCUCUCUGCUGCAGACAAAACAGAUCUUCACAAGAUGUGGGAAGAAGUCUUCUCCAACACGAAUAAGACCGAGUACUCAGAGACACUCAGCAAAUUGCAGUCGAAGUACUGUCCUGUGAGGUAGGCAGAUAGGUGGAUGCAUUUUCCAGGAAGAGUUCAUCAACAAAGAGUUGUCAAGUUGAUAAUUUACCCUCAUCUUUUCUUUAAAGAUAGUAUUCCGUCUCCAAUAUAUUGCUACGUAUCUCUUAUUUAAGGGACCAAAAAGAACAUCACUUUCUGGAAACGGAUGGAAUAUUAAAUACAGUUGUAACUGAGAGUCUGCGUCUGAGAUCUAGGACAAUUACAACAACUGUAGCAGUCUCACGUUUUUGUGAUUCUGAGUGUACAUUCUCUCUUCAAAUGGUAAUGGCUUGUUUCUGGGGUAAUGCAGAAGUUGUGAAAAAUUCGCUUAUAACUUCAAGAUAACAUUGUCAUAGCACAUGAGUUGCUAUCUACUAUGGAAAAAAAGAAAGAGUAGGAGAAAUAGCUAUUGAAUUAGACAUGUCUAAGGUGUUUGCGUUUGAUCGUAUUGAAUGGUCUUUUUUGUGUGAUGUUUUGAAACAUCUUGGUUUACUGAACAGUGAUGCAAAAUGGUUUAUCAUUGCAUUAGUACUACAACCGUUUCCCUUU